AUGGCUCACUUCGCAUCCUUGAACGGUGCGACAGAGUACGCCCGGACUGUCGAGGAUGAUGAGUUCGACUUCAACUUCCAGCCCAACCCGGAGACUAUGGCACGCCGUAGCAUCUCCAUCUUCAGCAGAAGAGGCACAGAGACGCCUGAGCCGAAACUGCCAUUCAUUGCGCAGGUGGCAGUCUCACAUGAGCUAGUCCCUCAGCUGAAACGCCAAAUGACCGACCGGCAAAAGAGCUGGAUCAGCAGGACCAAGAGCGUCUGCGGUGGUAGGAGCUAUUCGAAGACCACUACUCCUAGCGCUGCAAAGAAGCCGAGCGGGACUGUACUACGCUCGGUGCCACCAGCCAAGACUAUCAAAAUGUCAGCCUUGGAAGAAGAAAUGGCUACGAGUCCAAACGAGGAGAUACUGUCUGCAGUAAGCGAGCGUCCACGUUCGCCAGGGAAUGUCACGUCUCAAGCUCCUCGCUCUGCUCAACACUCGUCCGUGCAGCAGCAGCAUCAUUUCUCGCAGGCUCCGAGCAGUCCUGUAGCACAGCGCACAAGAAGUGAGAGGAGAAGAAGCCAUGACAAUCGCAUUGGCAUCUGGGCAAAUGGUGUAGCACAAUGGGACGACCAGCUGAACACUAGUGUACCUCAUGAGCAGCAUCGCGAACGGGUUGAGGAAGCAAUACGGGAGAAUACAGGUUUCAUGCCACUUUCCACUGACGCUCUCACGACUGCUCCGUCAAAUGGCCAAAAGCCCACGCUAUCGGUCGUCAUUCCUGGUAACGAUGUCAACAAGGCACGAACAAUGGCUUUAUCCACGAUCGUGCAGCCCAGGCCUCAAAGACCCGUCAGAUCGGUAGCACCUGCCAGUCUCGUGAGCAGGUUCGGCAUUGCCAUGCCUGCCAUCACUGUAACGCCUGAGCGGAUACAGGAGCACAUCGUCUCACCGGUAGAGUCCAUCCAGCAUACGCCGCCUCCUGGAGCGCAGCUUGGAUUCGUAGCAGCCGUAUUCUCGUCGGAACAUCUUCGCCCAAAAGCAUCUCGUGAAUCCACUUCGAGCGUCGAGAGUACCAACAGCGACCAAGAGGACGCCUCAAGCCUCAGCAGCAAACGCAGCUCGGCUACUUCUAUCGAAGCGGUGGCCAUCCCUUUGCCAAAGAGGAACAGCAAGCGUCUUUCUGGCAUGGCGCUUAGCGCAGCACGUCGCUCAAGUACACCCAUGGACAUUGCGAGAUCAUCUCCGCUAGCUGAGCUGAACAAGCCGCUGCCGCCACAUCCACUUCCACAGCCGCAACGCCUGGCUCCCACGCCAGCAGCUGCCAACAUCAGAGAUCUGAGGCGGCACAGCUCGGCUGGUAUUGCACCUAGCCUAAGCGGUAGCAAUCUUCGUAGGAGAAGCGCGGGAUCUAUGGUGCGCCCGAGACUUUCUACGAGGUCUUUGACGCGACUCGACAAGCGUGAUAAUGGACGCGCUUAUGGUCAUGAGCAUCUACAGUAUGUGCAGGAGUCGGACGAAUCCAACUCAGAGGUGGAGGAGUUCCUCACGCCCACACUGAGUCAAGCGGAACGGGAGCUGCAAGCACAUCUUGAACCGACCAAAAUUGUAGUAGCGGCUACACAAGAGCAUAAUCCUCAAGUACCAGACGAUCUUGAGGAUAUUCUGGCAAGGACAGCAUCGAUCAGACGUAACAACAGCGUCCGCAGCGUCAUGCAGCCACCUGAGCGUGCACCGACUGUGCCCAGAAGAAGCAGAAAGAGAGAAUGGCGUGCUAGCACCGGAGAGGCUGUCAUGCGCACUACGUUACCGACGAGGCACAAGUCGGAUUCAUACAUGCGCGAGAGUGCUAAAAAUGAAGACGCUGUGCACCGCAGUCUGACAGUCAUGCGUGCUGUGCACAACGAUGACUUCUCCCAGCUGUCUCUUGUGAUCCCGACACUGCACGACCUUGUCACCAAGACACCAGACCUGUUCGUUGAGGACGUCGAUGCCUUGACACCAGCCGCAGCCGCAGCCGCUUCCGUCGAAGAUGUCCUUCUGAAUAUACUCUCGGCCCUCCACAGCCCAGAAGACCUCUUGAACACUGCCAGGAUCGACAAGGGUAUGUAUCGCGUCUACAAGGAGAACGAGAUGUACCUCGUUCAGACCACCGCCUUCAAUCAAUCACCUGCUUGCUGGGAGUUCAGACAGUGGUCACCACCAGAUCGCAGCCUAUCAGACUCUAGCAGCGGAGCGUCCUCGCAGCUGGAGCACACACCGCAAUCCUACAUACGUUGUCGGCGCCGGGACGAGGAAACGAUGCAGGCUCUAAAGGUAAUGAUCUUGGCCGAGUGCGUGGCUUUUGUUCGCCGCGAGACAGCCGCUGUUCUCUCCGCACCAGAUCACCCGAAAGCUCAACGCUACAACGAUGCCUUCUGGCGUAUCUGGUGCUUUUGCAAGAUCUUCGGCUGCGACAAGGGCCGCGAAGAAGAUGUUACUGGACAACUCGACUGGCUGAAAGGUGGACUUCUAGCCAACAACCAGGACGUUGCAGCUACCAUGAACAUGAAUCUCGAGUUCGAGAUGUCUAGUGUUCUGCUCAACCCACCUGAUUUCUUCGCGAAGGGCAAUGCGGAUGGCUUGAGCGCGCAGCAGUUGUAUGAUGUGACUGAGCUCUGGGGCUGUCUGUCAUCACUUCUGCAAUGCUACCAGGGACAAGUGGGUGAGGCAAGGGAGGCCGGUGUCUUUGGCUCAUGCCAGGAUCUUGUGGAAGGCGACUUGGAGAAAGAGGAGUGGAUACUAGAGGAAUGGUUGUACUACCUCCUCACGCUUGGUCCGGAUGUGGUGCUUGAGAUGGCGGAGCAAGCUGCUAACGGGACAUCCGCUGGCUUCUCCUUGGCCAAGCUGAAUGGGUGGACUGCAUGGACACUACCAAGCUUUAACGGGAGCCGAUCCACUUUCUUGCGCGAGCCAGUGGCGCGACUGUACGAAGAGCGCAUAGCCGCUGCUCAGGAGGCGAUCGAGAAUCCACGUGAGCAGGAGAAGAAAGAGGUCAGCCGCAAACGCGUAGCCAACCUCGCUGCUGAGAUCCGUCUGCAGCGCCAAUCGAGCAGCUACAGACGCUCCUCUUACACCGACAUGCACAACGAGCGAGCAAUGAGCGCGAUGUCUCGCCGCAGCAGCACCAUGAGCCACAACACUGUCGGUUCUCGAAAUAGUAUGGUCUCGCCGAUGACGCCAGCACCGCAGUACACCUACGUGUCACAGGGCACCAUGACACCAAUCUCCACCGCUCUCCCAAGCUUCCCACACUUCCAGCAUCAUCCAGUCUCCACCACGGUGCCUAACUACGCAGCAUGGUCGCCCCGCAAGAUCAGCCCCAUCAUCGAGGAACGCGUGGUCAACUUCAAUCGACUGUCACUCCAGAAUACAUUAGCAGGCGAAGUGGAGAACACCUCUGAUACGGCUGUGAAGACAAUCACGGCGAUGGGUUUCACCGUUGUGCAGGCGAGUAUGGCGUUAAGGAUGACCGACAUGGGUGAUGGACUGAGGGUCGACAAGGCCGUGGAUUAUCUUCUAAGGCAGAGAAGGUGA